CUUUCCCGGAGUUGAGUGGUAAUCAUUCACGGAUAAUCAAGAUUUAUGAAUUUCUUAUAUUCACGUUUGAAAAAAAAUACCGCAUUCGCGGGAAUGAUAAUUAAAGACAAAAGACACAAGGGAAAACGAAGAUUCUCAUCAGCUCUGUGUUCGGCUCAAUGUUCAACAGAAAUUAUCUGCUGAUGUUCACGAGAAGAACUCCAUACGAAAUAAUUGCACUGAUGACCUAUAAAAUCAAAAACAUUGUUAUAACCAUCACAUACAAUUAAUUUUUCUACGAAUUUCCCUGACUUUUCUCACCGUUUGAAUGAAUGGAUAAUCCAAAUCGAAGAAACCAUUGGCGGAGAAGCCGAGAUGUUGGUGCAGAAGCUCGAGGGAAAAACUUUGAACCUGAAAAACAAUCAAUCCUCAAAACUAAGCCCUAAAGCGAUGGUUUAAUCUCUUUUUCAGAACCUCCCAAUAAACAAACCCUAACAACAUUACCUCUUUCUGCAAUACUACGUUCUCUUCGAAUCGAUGAAAUAUUCUGUAAACUGUCAAUCCAGUAUCCUGAAACUGACGUAAAAAGAAUGCAACAAGCAAAUAAAAAAUCAGUCAAUAAUUCGUACUUCAAGUACCUCUCUAAUAGCUGAUGUGGUGCUCCAUAUUAAAAUACACACAGCAACUCCUAUAGUGAAAUGAAGUGUGUAAAAUUGCCGAUGUACGUGGAGGGCUGCCAGGAUUGCUCCACUUUUAAUGCUCAAGGUCAGCAUUGAGAGAGUGUAAAUGACUCCAUAACAGAGAUAUGUAAUGAUAAUGAGGAUAGGCACCCCAUAGACAUGAUUGACAGCUCUUGUAAAAUCCCACACAGAACAAUACAUGAAUCUGAUAUUCUUGAACUGCAAAAUUUUCGGAUUCCGAUAAUGAGGAGUCACCUGAUAAAAGUUCAACAAAAUGGUGUUCAAACAUCCUGCCAUAUUUCUUAUCACAUAACACAGCAAAGUAUAUUGUAAGAUACACGAGGUCAUCACAAACUUGGAGAACAUGUACAGAAGGUACCAGCCACUGGAAGCCCAAUCUGAGGGAUCCCAAGCAUCAUAUGCAAACCAGGCUAUGAUGAUCCACAAAACUACAUGGACUGUGAUUGUCAGCACAACCUUUUUCUCCCUUCGUCGGACCCAGUAGGACUCGUGAUUUUCCAGAAGUCUUAUAAUUUCCAAAAAAUUGUCAAACACUUCCACGACGUUAUGACAAUUCAGCAGAAAGCAGCUCCAGAGGAUCACCAACACCACACUCCCAAGAUUGACUUCAACAUCGGUCAAGGGAUCGGCCACUAACUUUUCCAGUGUCAUCCAACAAAGUCCACAGAAAAAACAUCAGUAGAAUUGUUCAUCAACUUUAUUCCACUCCAAUUCUCGAAGGAUAGCAAUGGCAUUACACUCAUGCAGUGCACAUUGUAACGUUCCAUCAACAAGAUGACCUAUGAAAUGAGAAAAGCGACAGCCAAUUUGAUAAUAUUUCGAGUGGUGCAAAUCAUUUCUCUGCUACUGGGACUGGCCCCUUGUGAAAUUAACAUCACGAUUUCUUCGUCUGAGGACAUUGAAUACAUUACCAAUUUCUCCUAUUCGAAAUUGGGAUGUGCCUACAACAUAUUGUUGAUCAUCAUAUUCUUCGUUCUCAGCGUCGCCGCCCUGCCAAACAUCUCCAGGGACUACGAUCUUCCUUAUUCAGAUUUCGUCAGGAUAAUAGACGUAACAAUGUCAGCGAUUGGAAAUACUUUCGUGGGGAUUGUUGUUCUGAUUUACUGCAUCAAUCAAAAGGAGAUUGUGAACAUUGCAAAUGAACUGAGUGAAAUUCGGUCGAAAGUGUCUCCACGUCUGCCGAAAAAGUCUCGCAUGUACUACUACAUCACCGUAGUCUCAUCAUUCGUAUUCAUUUGGACGGUCAUCUGCCUAAUUCACUUCAUACGAUUCAAGUUAUUUUUAUUUAUCUCAUUCAUAUUGUCAGCAGUGAUACUGAGUGGCUUUCUCAUGCAAUACAGCUUGAUCAUAAAGUUGCUCAAGGACACCUUGGAAGAUCUGAACCGAUCUUUCUCUGCUAUGACCCGAGUCCCAGAGAAUCUUCAAAAUAUCUCCGUUGUCCCGCCACACGUACCAAAAACCAGGAUGAUUAUUCAACAUGUCAUCACCAUACGGGAAACACGACAUUCACUUUACAAAAUAGCUUGUCAAGUUUCUCGGUUCUAUUCAUUCCCAGUGCUAUUAGCUAUUUUCAAUUGUUCCGGCAAUUGCGUUAAUAUUGUUUAUUUCACCAUAAUUAAUUUCAUCCACAAACCGAAAAAUUCACAUCCCCUUACAACUACCGCGUAUGUACUAGACGGGAUUUUUUUGAUGGCGGUUUAUGCAUAUCCGGUUGUGCUGCUCACCAACACUGUCAAACGAUUCACCGAAGAAAUGAAUAAAACAGCAGAUAUAGCUUAUGACGUUAAACAAGCCAAUGCUUCAAAUGAGCGACUUAUAUCUCAGAUCAACGACUUUGCACUUGAAUUGAUUCACAAAAAAGUGAGUUUCACAGCGUUUGGAUUUUUUUCUCUGGAUUGCACUCUGUUACAUUCAAUUUUUAGUAUGACUGUGACAUAUCUGAUGAUUCUCAUGCAAUUCAAACCUCCUACUGAUGCCAACAAAGUUAACACCAUCAAAAAAUAUGGGAGCAGUAUAUUCGGUAAAAUGAAGUCAGCGGCUUGUAAUCAAAAAAUAUCCUUCGUCCUUUUUGAAAUCAUCCACACAAUAUCGUUUCUCCUCGGUUUGGCACCGUGCAGUGUCAAAUUAUCACCUCAAUCCGCCCCAAUAAUCGGCUUCACGUGUUCCUUUUCAUAUUCGCGAGUGAAAUCUGGGUACAACAUCCUGAUAAUUAUUUUGUUCAUUGCAAUAAUGAUUGUUGGUAUACCUCAACUGAACGACCGACGAUAUCCGAACGAUUCGCUAACUGUGAAGGCCAUUACCUUGACCCUUGCGGUAAUGGGGAACACAAUUGUUGUCCUGAUAAUUAUCCUGUACUCAAUCCGCCAGAGGGACAUUAUCAGAAUUGGCAAUGAAUUGCACGAAUUUGAUAAAAAAUACUGUGAUCGGCUCGUUGGAAGGAGUGCGAAUCCCCUUGAAAAGUUUCGCCCAUUUAUCACGGCUAUAUUCAUGUUAUUCAUUUGGAUUGGUGUGCUGAUCAUAGAAAUUAUAAGACAAAACGAUGAAAAGUAUAUUAUCACUUCGGGACUCAAUAAAGCCUUUGUUAGUUGGUUGUUGAUACAGUAUAGCUUACUCAUUAAAGCCCUUCAGAUUCGAUUCGAAGGACUCAAUAAUGCUGCUCUUGCUCCUAGUACAUAUUCAAUUGCAGUGACAGAAGAGUCACUUCUUCGCAGGAGGAUCUCCAAUGACAGUGUCAUUGUUCAAAAUUUAAUUAUGAUAAAACGAGCACGAAAUCAAAUCUAUAAAAUUUCGCGUCGAGUGUCUGGAUUCCAUUCCUUCCCGGCUUUACUCGUUAUUUUUUAUUGCUGUUGCUGUUCCGUUGACACGAUUUACUUCUAUAUUAUGAAAUUGAUACAUUCGGAAACUGAUCGCAUGAUUGAGGCCUUCUUCUGGACGCUCUUGACUUUGUAUCCGAUUAUAAUCUUAAGCACAAGUAUUAACACAUUUCAAGUCGAGGCGAAUCGAACAGCAAUUAUUAUCUAUGAAAUCAUGCACCGAUGUGAACGAAGCAAAGACAUUGAGUUUGAAUUGAAUAAUUUUGCUUUUGAAUUGUUGCAUCGAAAAGUCUCAUUCAGUGCCUGUGGCCUGUUCUCGCUAGACUGUACACUUUUGCAAUCGAUAUCCGGAAUGAUUGUGACCUAUCUGCUGAUUCUUUUGCAAUUCCAGCCGCUGGAGAGCCAGUAACAAUAUCAUUAGCAUUUCCGAUGGGGGCGUGAAUGAUCAAUACAAAAGUACUUCCUUCAAUAUUCCUCAUUU